AUGUUAAACUUGAAGAAUUGGUUUUAUUCUCAGUCAGACGAAGCAAACCAAGAUACAAAUACCGACCAUCAAAGCGACAAGGAUGUAGAAUCAACCAGCAAAGACGAGAAACAACCUGAUCAUAAUCAAGAUGACCAUCAAAAUGACCAAAUUACCAAUGAUGAUGACAAAGAUACAACCGAUAAAAAUCCUUCAACUCCUUUCAAUUGGGGAUCUUUUAUCGCCAAUGUUAAAAAUGUCACAAGCGAUGUUGCAAGUAGAACAGUUACGGUUGCCUCUAAACUAAAGGAUACAGUGGAAGAGAAGACGGUCAUUGGAUCUUUCAUGCGAGAACAAAAACAAUUUAUCGAGAGUAAACAAGCAAAUCGAAUUGGUGAAGCGGCCGUACCUCCGUGGGUAGGCUAUAAUGAAGAAGAGGCUAUGAAAACUAGAAUCUUAGCAUUGUCAAAGGACAGAAGAAAUUUCUUGAGAAGCCCUCCAUCUGGAGCUGAGUUUCGCUUUGAUGCUGCUAUCUACUAUCCUGUAGCAAUGGUGACAUUAGAAGAAGAUGGAAAUCUCAUGAAUAUGCGUUUUGAGCUAGUACCUAAACUCGUUAAAGAGGAAGAAUUUUGGCGUAACUACUUUUAUCGAGUUUCUCUUAUAAAACAAUCUAUACAACUGAGCUCUAUGGCUGAAGCGAACACAACUGGAACACCUGAAAGUACUAACAAGCAAUCAUCUUUGUCCGAAAGUGCUAGUGAUGUUGACAGUGUACGGGAUUCUCCUCGCGAUACUGCGACAACUCCGAAUACCAAGGUGGAAAAUAAUGACUCGAUUCAAAACAGCGAAACUGAGAAUCAAGAUACAUCAUUACAAGAUCAGUCCUUAUUAACUAACGAAUUUGUUAGUGAAGCUUAUACAAAUGCGGAAUUAAGUCAUGCAGAUUUAGCAGAUGAAAUGCACCAGUUAGGAAUACUAAAGAAAGAGACAAAUGAAACUAAUGAUACGAACGAAAAUAACAGUACAGAUACGAAAAACGUUACCGAGGUUGAAUCUAAGGAAAAAGUAACUACUAGUGAAGCAGAAAAACUACAAGAUUGGGAAAUAGAAUUACAGAAAGAGCUGGAGGAAUAUGAAGUGGUCAAUGAAAUGAACGAAGAUCAUUUAGUUCUUGAGGAAGAAAUAGAAGAUAUGCUAGAGCUAGAAGGAGGUUCUACUUAG